AAAAGAUCCUCUUAUCAAUUAAGAAAUGGAUCAGAAAUGGAAAAAAACGAUCAGAAAGGGGAAAACACAAUUAAUAUAUACAUACCCACACUUAGCAUGCAGUCAGAUUUUAUCUGAAGAUUAAUUAAAACAACAAAAACCCAAUGGCACAACUUUAUCGUGAGAAAGACGUCUCUGCCGCCGCAGAUGUUCAGGAAAGGCCGCAUAAUGUGGUGGCCGGAACCGCCGUCGAGGGCCAGAGCAAGCUGGGCGGAACGAGCAGUGGCACGGCGGCGGCCACCGCGAAUUUCAAAUUCAAUGUCCAGGCACCGGAGUUCGUGCCGACGCGAGCGAUCCCUCAAGUGCCUCUUUCGGGUUAUUUUUAUCCGUACUUGCAGUAUCCGGAUUGGAUUUAUGUGGGCGACCAAGAUUCUUCGUCGCCAUUAUACAACGCGAAUCUCACCCUCGCCGCGUCUCAAUCUCAUAAGAGUUCUGUUCCUGAUGAAGUUAAACAUAAGAUUAUCAAACAGGUGGAAUACCAGUUAAGUGACAUGAGCCUUCUGGCAAAUGAAAAUUUGGCGAAACAAAUGAGCAAAGAUCCCGAAGGUUAUGUUCUAAUAAGUUCUGUUGCAUCAACAAAGAAAAUCAAGUCUCUUCUUAGUAGUUGUAGCAGUAAUGAAGUUCUAGCUCAAGCUCUACAAUCUUCAACAAAACUGAUCGUAAGCAGUGAUGGGAAGAAGGUCAAAAGGAGACAUCCUUUCACUGAGAAGGACAAAGAGGAGCUGCAGUCUCGCACGGUUGUGGCUGAGAAUUUACCAGAUGACCACUCCCACCACAACAUUGAAAGGAUUUUCAAUGUGGUUGGAAGUGUGAAAACCAUCAGAAUUUGUCAUCCUCAGGAUCCAAAUUCAUCUCGUUCCAAAGGAGAAUAUUUUAUUAGCAAUAAGUUGCACGCUCUGGUAGAGUUUGAGAGCCCGGAAAUAGCAGAGAAAGCUGCUGAGAAGUUGAAUGAUGAGAGGAAUUGGAGAAAAGGGUUGCGUGUAAAGCUCCUUCUUAGGCGCUCGCCAAGAUCUGUGUUAAAGAGCAGGAAAUCGGAAUUUGAAGGUUGCUUGGAAGAUGAUGAUCAAGGGUCACCCCAUGAGACAACAGAAGAUUCAUCUCCACUAAAUCAAUCAGAAUCAGCCGACACUAAUGCGGAGGAGAGCUCAUCAUCAUCAGCCAAUUCAAAGAAAGGAUGGGGAAAGGGACGAGGGAAAACCAGGCCGCGCGUGCUGACUCACGGCGGUGGCGGAAGUGGUCGCGGCCUUCUGCCUUUGUCUCCGCCGUGCAGCAGUGAAUCGCCGGCCAAACUAGCAAGCAAGGGACCCAGGAUGCCAGACGGAACCAGAGGUUUCACCAUGGGAAGAGGAAAGCCACUCACCCCCACUGCUCCGUCCACCGUGCCAUGCAUUUAAUCACUGUUUGGAUACUUAUAGACAUACAUUAUUGUUUUCUUCUGAUCAGUUUUGAUAGCCUCCUAUAGAAAUUAAUGGAGACUUAUAGAAAAAAGUGACAUCCUUUUUUGUCACGCAUUAGCGCAGUUUUUGUGGCUAAUAAUGUGUUUUGCCCGGAUUUCUUGUAAUUUUAAAAUUUACAGCUACAUAUAUUGAUAAUCUAGAGGUCCUCAAUGUUGAAACAAAGAUUCACCGAACAUAUAUUAAAUUGAGUUAUAC